AGGUAUGGAAAGUAGAUCCCAAUUUCAGUUCCCCUUCACACGCUGUGCAAACGUGGACAAACAACCUCUGAACCUGUCACCUCUCGGUGGAAAAAGUGGUGAUAACGUCCCACCUCAGGGUUAUGAUGCUCAAAAUGAAGCAGUAUUUGUGAAAGGAAAAUACACCCGCUCGUGGUACGCCAGAUCGGUGUUUGCUUCCUCGUCAGUGAACGCGCCGAUGUUUAAUAAGAAGCGCAGGCAAUCAACACUUUUCUUGUCUUUUUCUCGUCUGCCUUCCUCCAAGGACUGUGAGGGACUCAAGAUGUGUCCCAUCUCGGUUGUCUGUCAACCUAGUCCUGCUAUGUCGUGGGGACUGAGCAGGCCGACUCCUCCCCCAUCGCACGUCCAGGAUGAAGAGCGCUGUUUAGGUUUGAAACCUGCAGACUCAGUCCCAACCGAACCGGGCAGACACCAGACCGGCCCCGGCAACUGCAGUCCAGGCUCCGCCUCCCUACGCCCAUUGGCUUAUUCAAUUCACGCCGGAACCAAUGGGCGGAGACGGCAGCCGCGCCGUCUGAGAGCUUAGCCGCGGCCGGCGUAUACGGUGUGCUGCGGCGGUGGCCUGAGGAAGUUCUAUCUCGGCGCUAAAGCGGAGACGCAUCCCCCGACCCGAGGCUACGAUGAGCACACCGGCCGUGCCCCAGGACCUGCAGCUACCCCCGAGUCAGAGGGCCCAGUCCGCAUUCAAAGAGCAAAGAAGACAAAAACUCAAGGAACAUCUGUUGAGAAGAAAAACGCUUUUUGCAUACAAGCAGGAAAAUGAGGUGUUAUCCAGUAGUAGAGGUCAGAGAGUUGUGACAUCUGAGGACCAAGUUCAAGAAGGGACUAAAGCGCUGAAACUUAAAACAAAAAUGGCUGAUAAAGAAAAUAUGAAGAGACCUGCAGAGAGCAAAAAUAAUACAGUAGUGGGGAAACAUUGUAUUCCUUUAAAACCUUCAAAUGAACUAACCAAUUCAACUGUAGUAAUUGACACACAUAAACCUAAGGAUAGUAAUCAAACUCCGCAUUUGUUACUAACUGAAGAUGACCCCCAAAGUCAACAUAUGACAUUAAGCCAGGCAUUUCACCUUAAAAACAAUAGUAAAAAGAAACAAAUGACUACAGAAAAACAAAAGCAAGAUGCUAACAUGCCCAAGAAACCUGUGCUUGGAUCUUAUCGUGGCCAGAUUGUUCAGUCUAAGAUUAAUUCAUUUAGAAAACCUCUACAAGUCAAAGAUGAGAGUUCUGCAGCAACAAAGAAACUUUCAGCCACUAUCCCUAAAGCCACAAAGCCUCAGCCUGUAAACACCAGCAAUGCAACAGUGAAAAGUAAUAGAUCCUCCAAUAUGACUGCCACUACUAAAUUUGUGAGCACUACAUCUCAGAACACACAACUUGUGCGACCUCCUAUUAGAAGUCAUCACAGUAAUACCCAGGACACUGUGAAACAAGGCAUCAGUAGAACCUCUGCCAAUGUUACAAUCCGGAAAGGGCCUCGUGAAAAAGAACUAUUACAAUCAAAAACAGCUUUACCUAGUGUCAAAACCAGUUCUUCUCAAGGUAUAAUAAGAAAUAAGACACUAUCAAGAUGCAUAGCAUCUGAAGUUGUAGCCAGGCCUGCUUCAUUGUCUAAUGAUAAACUGACGGAGAAGUCAGAGCCCGUUGACCAGCGAAGACAUACUGCAGGAAAAGCAAGUGUUGAUAGUAGAUCAGCUCAGCCCAAAGAAACCUCUGAAGAGAGAAAAGCUCGUCUGAGUGAGUGGAAAGCUGGCAAAGGAAGAGUGCUAAAAAGGCCCCCUAACUCAGUAGUUACUCAGCAUGAGCCUGAAGGACAAAAUGAAAAACCAGUUGGGUCUUUUUGGACUACCAUGGCAGAAGAAGAUGAACAAAGAUUAUUUACUGAAAAAGUAAACAACACAUUUUCUGAAUGCCUGAACUUGAUUAAUGAGGGAUGUCCAAAAGGAGAUAUACUGAUCACACUGAAUGACCUGAUUAAAAAUAUUCCAGAUGCCAAAAAGCUUGUUAAGUAUUGGAUAUGUCUUGCACUUAUUGAACCAAUCACAAGUCCUAUUGAAAAUAUUAUUGCAAUCUAUGAGAAAGCCAUUCUGGCAGGGGCUCAGCCUAUUGAAGAGAUGCGACACACGAUUGUAGAUAUUCUAACAAUGAAGAGUCAAGAAAAAGCUAAUUUAGGAGAAAAUAUGGAGAAGUCUUGUGCAAGCAAGGAAGAAGUCAAAGAAGUCAGUAUUGAAGAUACAGGUGUUGAUGUAGAUCCAGAAAAACUGGAAAUGGAGAGUAAACAUCAUAGAAAUUUGCUAUUUCAAGAUUGUGAAAAAGAGCAAGACAACAAAACAAAAGAUCCAACCCAUGAUGUUAAAACCCCCAAUACAGAAACGAGGACAAGUUGCUUAAUUAAGUAUAAUGUGUCUACUACGCCAUACUUGCAAAGUGUGAAAAAGAAGGUGCAGUUUGAUGAAACAAAUUCCGCAUUUAAAGAGCUGAAGUUUUUAACACCAGUGAGACGUUCUCGACGUCUUCAAGAGAAAACUUCUAAAUUGCCAGAUAUGUUAAAAGAUCAUUAUCCUUGUGUGUCUUCAUUGGAACAGCUAACGGAGUUGGGAAGAGAAACUGAUGCUUUUGUAUGCCGCCCUAAUGCAGCACUGUGCCGGGUGUACUAUGAGGCUGAUACAACAUAAGAGAAAUAAAGCUCUGAUAGGGAAUGGGGUUUUUAUUAUUUGUGGGGUGUUUUGUUUUGAGUAGCUUUAUAUUGCUCUUAGGUCUGGAGUUGGCCAUGUACCUAUGUAUCCUAAGUAUUCAUGGCAGUGAGCUCCUUUACUAACAUUCAUGUUAUGGCAAGAGUUGUCCUCUCCAUUGGAAAGCUAAUCCUACCUUGUCAAUCUCAACCGACUGAGUUUUUUCUUUACGAUAGGUAAAUUUUGUCAGCUGGUUUACUAUGUUCCUUGCGUAUAAACAGGUUAUAAUGCUACCCUGUUCACUUUACUAAAUAUAAGUACAGUAAUGAUGCAUAAUUAGAAAAUGAGGUAUUCUAGGUAAAAUGUAUGUUUGCCUUGACAUGGUUUUAAAAGUUAUGAUGUACCUCCCUGCCUUUAAACAGAAUACUGGUUUUUUUUUUUUUUUUGGCCUUUCUCGGAUUAGUCAAAAAUUGUAUAGAAUGACUCACUUCGAAUACUAAGACACAGGAAGUUUAGCCUGCUUUCUUGCCAAAUUCAUGUUACCCAGAAUUGUGUUCUCUUGUGUCCCUUGGACUGCCUGUUGAUUGAUGGAAAGUGUCUGUACUGUCACUUUUCGUCAGUAGUCUGUAGUCUCGUGGCCUUUUUUGAUUAUAAUUGGGGUCACCAAGAAGGUUACUUAAUUAAAUACCGCAUUUCUAAGAGAAGAUACUUUGUGUAAGAAAAGAUGCCACAUUUAGUGGUUUAACUUCUGUAACUUCACUUGAUAGUUUUUAAACAAUUAGAAUGGAGUUAGAGAAAGAACAUAUCAUACUGAAUAAAUGUCAUUCUAGUUUAGAUAGCAUUUCUAAGAUACCUGAUAUUAAUACUUGUUUUCUUCCCUAUAACAUAAAAAACCACUGUUAAGUCAUGUCCCUGAAACAUGAUAGUUACAUACACAGUUUUCUCUCCACACAUAAAUAACACCACUAAAGUUGUUUUGUAAGGUUCCAAACUAAUAUGGCAUAUAUCUAUCAACUCUACAGUUUCAAGUAAGUGACUUUUUAAUUGUAAAAGAUUAGUUGAAAACCUGUAUGAAUGUGGUUGAAGAUCACAUGCUUAGUCAUUUUUAUGUUCAUUCCAUUUGUAUAUCUUUUCUAUUUAUUGACUUCUCAUGUUCUAGAGAGUAGGACUUUUAUUCUGUGUACCUGAUAUAUAUACAAUUAAAAUAUCUGUAUAAUUA